UUGUCACAUGAUCCGUCCAAGAUGGCUGCGCCCAUGGCUCUCCGGCAUGGCAGAGUUUUCAUCUCGUUGCUGCGCGCUUGCUCGCGGAAUAGUAGCCAUUCAACGGCUCCCUCUACUGGCCUGCUGAAAAGGAGGGGCCUCCUCCAGUAUCUGUGCGACCGCUUCUACGACAUCGAAGCCUUUGUAGACGGUGGCAUGAAGCUGAAAAGUUGGAAUUUGGAAAGGAAAAACAAGCACUAUAUCCAGAUCUGUGAGAGGUAUGGGGACAAUCUGGCAGCCGCUGUCUUUGCCCUGAUGCUCAAGGGUGGAAUUAGGUUCCAGGGUCAAACAGAAUGGUACCGAGAGAGGAACGAAAAGCGAUAUUGUUUGGAAGUCUCCCAAUACCAAGGGGUCCCUUUGGAAGCCCUUGACUUCAGCGGUUCUGUCAUCAACUACGAUGGUCUGGGCAGCUUGGUUAACCUGAAAACGCUGAAGUAUCUGGAUCUCAGCAGGUGCCCCAACAUCGACGACUGGAGCCUGAGCCGACUACAUGUCUUCAGAGACACUCUGCAGGAACUCUCCCUUGCUGGCUGCCCCCAGAUCACCGAGAGGGGGCUGGCUUGCCUCCACCACCUGGAAAGCCUCAAACGGUUGGAUGUCUCCGACCUCCCUUCCAUUGCCAACAAAGGUUUGGUUCGGAUCUUGCUGGAGGAGAUGUUACCCCAGUGUGAGAUUGUCGGGAUCCACUACGAUGACGAACUUCCUCUGUGCCUCGAAGAUGACACUCACCAAGGUGAAACAGAGGAGCUGCAGGGAGUUGCUUGCAUCUGGAAAAACAGCAAGAUCCCUGCAUGAGUGGGAAGAGUGAAGGAUUUCAGCAAGGUUUCCCUGUCCCCUCUCCUGCCAAUAGUGGCAGUCCCUGGAUUUUUCUGAUUCCUCUUCUCACUCAAGGAAAAAAGAAAGCAAAAGAUACAGUCAUUCUAAACUACACCCAGACUUCUAUUGGUUCAUGUUCCUGGUAGUCGCCCUUAUAAUAAAUGUUCUGCCUCCAUAUUCAGAAGCAAUAUAUCUCUGAGUUCUUCGAUUGUGGAGCGUUCAAUUUAAAAAAGUAAUAAACGAUCAAAGUAGCCCAAAAUAAACAGACAAGCCGUCCUGCUCUUGACUGUACUCAACCUUCCGCUUGACAGAUCUGCGGAUUAUUUUAAGUGGCUUUGAUUGUCUCGCACCUUGAAUUGUGUUUGACUUCCUGGAAAGUUUCUUUUUGUUCUCUGUGGUGGAGAAAGUGACCUCUCCUCAUGGGAUUCAAACCAAAACACUGCCCCAGUCCGCCAGAGCAAAAAUUCGUCUAGGCCAGAGUUCUAUUACAAUAGUGAAUAGUCACGUACCACACACCCUUUGGAUAAUCCCACAAGCCGGCCAUAAAGACAGCAGGCCUUAUCAGUAUCUGGGAGUUAUACUGCUUUUGAAUAUAGAGGUUCCAUCAUAGUUCAUAUUGAUUUUCUUCUGAGUGGAGCCUGCGAUACCUAUUGUUGCAUAACAUGAUAGGCUGGAGUUGUUGAGUCACCUGGCGCCAUUCAAAUAUUUAUGUGCUUGACUUUGGGCCCCAAAAAAGGGCAGAGUGAUCCCGGAUGGGGCUUGUCAUGGCUCAUACAAGAAGAAGGCGGAGGGAAGUUUAAAUUUUUUCUU